AUGGCCUCCAUCUUGUCUCCGUUUAGGCAGACAUACCGUUACCUGCAACGGCAAGCACACGAGUCACCCGUCAUCUUCUUCUCCUGCGUCCUCGGCGCCAUCGGGCCCCUCAUGGUCAUAACUGUGCCGCCAAUUCGCACGAGCCUGGGCUGGAAGCCGGCGGAGUCGAUACCCACCACGUAUCCCUUGCCGAACCGACCAAGGAGACCGGUGCAGGGCUACGAGGACGAAUGA